GAAGGAUUGUGCAUUGAGAAGCAUCGAGCUGGAGCUGACGGAGUCUGAGAGCAGCCAGCGGCCACUGGAACACAGACGAUGCUGCAGAAUGGCGCUGCGAGUCUCCUGCAGUGUUUGUGUGCAGGAUUAGCGGCUAUUUAGCUUUGUGUGUGUGUGUGUGUGUGUGUGUGUGUGUGUGUGUGGGUGAGUGUGUGUGUGUGUGUGUGUGUAGACGCAGGGCGCGAGCCGCCAGCCAGCCAGCCGCGUCAGGUGGAUGCGCCUGCAGUGAUCCAGGUCGCCCCUAUGGAUCGCGUCCAUGGAUGUCUUCAAACCCGCUUUGGACAACAGUUUGAGUCCCAAGGCGCGCGUGUCCUCGUCGGAAGAAGCGGAGGCAGAUGUUUUUCGCUGGCCCAGACCGGAGAAUGGCAGCAGCGCCGCGCCGGAUGCGGCACCUGCCGCUCCGAGCUUCUGGACGGCCGUGUUCGACUAUGAAGCGACCGCGGACGACGAGCUCAGCCUGCGGAGGGGCGACCUGGUGGAGGUCCUGUCCAAGGACUCCCUGGUGUCGGGAGAUGAGGGCUGGUGGACCGGCAUGAUCGCAGACCGGGUCGGCAUUUUCCCAUCUAACUAUGUGAGCAACGGGAAUGUCAUUCCGGAGGAAAUCCGGGACACAUCAGAGCAGCAGUACUCCGUGCCUCCUCUGCACCUGCUGGAGAUUGACUUCUCCGAGCUGACCCUGGAGGAAAUCAUCGGGGUGGGCGGGUUUGGAAAAGUGUACCGUGCAGUGUGGCGGGGCUCAGAGGUGGCAGUGAAGGCAGCACGGCGGGACCCCGACGAGGACGCGGAGCAGACUCUGGAGAGCGUGCGCCAGGAAGCCAAACUCUUCGCCAUGCUCAACCACCCCAACAUCAUGGGGCUGUUGGGCGUGUGUCUGCAGGAGCCCAACCUGUGUCUGGUGAUGGAGUACGCCCGAGGCGGCCCCCUCAACCGGGCCCUGGCAGGGAAACGCAUUCCCCCGUGCACGCUGGUGGACUGGGCCGUGCAGAUCGCCCGGGGCAUUCUCUACCUGCACAGCCAGGCCAUCGUCCCCAUCAUUCACCGGGACCUCAAGUCCAGCAACAUCCUGAUCCUUGAGAGGGUGGAGAUGGAAGACCUGAGCAACAAGACUCUGAAGAUCACAGACUUUGGGCUGGCUCGCGAGUGGCACCGCACCACCAAGAUGAGCGCCGCCGGCACCUACGCCUGGAUGGCCCCCGAGGUCAUCCGCUCCUCGACGUUCUCCAAGGGUAGCGACGUGUGGAGUUAUGGCGUGCUGCUGUGGGAGCUGCUGACCGGAGAAGUUCCCUUCCGGGGGAUCGACGGUCUCGCCGUGGCGUACGGGGUCGCAAUGAACAAGCUGGCUCUGCCUGUUCCCAUGACCUGCCCCGAGCCCUUCGCACGUCUUAUGGAAGAGUGCUGGAGCCCGGACCCUCACUCCCGACCGCAGUUCACAAUUAUUCUGGACCAACUGACGGCCAUCGAGGAGUCGGGCUUCUUCGAGAUGCCGGCAGAGUCCUUCCACUCCCUGCAGGACGACUGGAAGCUGGAGAUCCAGGAAAUGUUUGACCAACUGAGGACCAAGGAGAAGGAGCUGCGGUCGUGGGAGGAGGAGCUGACACAAGCCGCGCUGCAGCAGAAAUGCCAGGAGGAGGCGCUGAGGAGGCGCGAACAGGAACUGGCCGAGCGGGAGAUCCACAUCCUGGAGCGAGAGCUGAACAUUAUUAUCCACCAGCUCUACCAGGAGAAGCCUCACGUGGAGAGCAGGCAGGGCAAGUUCCGCCGCAACCGCCUUAAACUGAAGGAUGGGAACAGGAUCAGCCUACCGUCAGAUUUUCAGCACAAGAUCACGGUGCAGGCGUCGCCCUCACACGACCGACGGAAGAGUUUGCUCAGCAGCAGCUCCAGUCCUCCCAGCAGUCCUCUCAUGAUGCCGCGCCUGAGAGCCAUCCAGCUCGCUCCACGGGAGGGAUACACAGCCUACCGCAGCACCGGACUCCAGCAGGACGAGGAAGAGGUUGAGAGGAAGGGCUCCAGGAAAAUAGGCCGAUCCCGCGGCUGUGGCCCCUACAGGGAGCACAGCGCUGAUGCCAGUGUGAAGCCUCCGCAUGAAGGCAGCAGGCAGCGCUCCUGCAGCGCCCCAAACCUCCGCAGGUCCCCAAGACACAGUCCAGCGGUGCCCGGCGUGCCGAGCCUCGUGGAGAUGGAAAAUGAAGACUGCUGCUUCACGACUGAUCCAGGAGCAGCUCCCGGGCAGUCCUACCUCUGCAUCCCCUUCCAGAAGGAGGGCCACGCGGCUGCUGACGGUGAGGGAGAGUUCUGCCCCAGCGGCCUGGUUCCAGGAACACCGCCGUGCAAGAAGAGCCCCGGGGGGGGGCGGCGGUCUGAGCUGGUGCUGCUGGGCUGUGGAGCUCUGCUGGCCGCCGUGGGACUGGGCUGCAACCUGCUGACUUUGUCCCAGCCGGAGGAGAGCAUCAAAUCACGCUGGGAGGGUUUCUUCCACAGAAGUGGGGGCCAGCGGCUGAGCACCAGCCCCCAGACUCGCAGACUGUUCCGGCGGGAAAGCCCGCUAAAGCCCUCUGCGCCCUCGCUGCCCCCCUCCUACACGCUGCUGUCCUUAUCCUCGGUGUCUGACUGCAACUCCACGCGCUCACUGCUGCGCUCUGACAGCGAGGAGGUGAUGGUGUGCCGCCCCCCCUCCCCCCUCAAACGGCCUGCACAGCAGCAGGCCGUCCACACCCCCAUCAACCCGCUGGUCAACACGCACCUUGAGAGCUUCAAGCGGAACCCGCGGCAGUCCCUCACACCCACACAUGUCCCGUCGGUCCCGAGUUCCACCUCACGGAGCCUGCGGCGCACACCUUCAGACGGCGCCAUCAAGAAGAGCUGCCCGUCCAAUAAUCUGGAACCACUGAUGGAGAAAGCUGCUUUAGAGAACGCAGGUCCCUUCAGAGGCGUGAAAGAAGAACCUGAGGUCCCCCGGCUCCCCGACCCCAAUCUGGUGUUCCCCCCAACUCCCCGGCGCCGCUGUGCCCCCGAACGCCCCAAAACCCUGGACUUUGUAGCGCGGCCUCGUCCUUCCCCACGGGCUCGCUGCGAUGUGUUCUGGGCGGACCCGAGGCCCAGGGGGAGCAGCGAGUCCCCUGCCCACACCUCCAGUACAGAGACUCCUCCGACUGUAGAGUUUGGUAAGGACCCAGCAGUGCUGCCCACCCCCAUGGAGGCCCCGACGCCCUACUCCCCCCGCAGGAAGGAGAACCUGCUGGAUCGGCUGGAUGAGGGACAGUGCCGGGAUGGAACCGUCCCUCUCUGCAGACCGGAGGUCAGCCUUUCCAAAGACUCGCCGUACCGCUACAGACCCGGAUUCUGGUCUUAACUCAACACCGGGGGGAGGGGGGGGUCGAUUAGUACUGACAUAAUGAAUCUGCUCUAGCUUUAAACAGCCAGUCAACAACAAACUCACUAAAUUACUUUACUGUGAAUAUUUUACCUUUCUGACAUUUGUUAUUUCUUCUCUAACACGUGACGCGGGGGGGGGGGGGGAUCACUGCAGACCUCUGGUUCAUGACUUUAUAGCAGAAUGUCACACAAAGCUUUACUUUUUAUUCAGUUUCAUGCUUGAGUUUAAGAUUGUGCAUUUAAUGAAGUGCACUUGAAAGAACAAUGAAUGUAAAGCUUCAGGUUUUUUUUCCCAUCGUCAAAAAAACCUCCAAUGAUUCUUUGUAACGUGGCAGUGAACGCAUCGUCUGUAUAACUCACUCUGUGCUGAUGGCUUCCUGUUUUGUACUGAGCACCUGUCAUCACCUGGGGGGGUUCGGUGAGCUGCUCGGGUCACAACCAAAUGUAUGUAAUGUACUAAAAAAGGGAACUUUGUAUUUGUAACUCUGUAAAUUGUUUGCCUCAUAAAUUGUUGAUCAAGAGAGAAUGAGGGAUGUGAAGUACGCAGGAGUGCAGAGCAGCACUCAGGUGAACAGGCCCUGGUGGCAUGUGAAGUUCAUUUAUUUAUAUUUAAUUUAAUUUAUUGUAUUUAUUUUUAUAAUUCAUUUCAUUUGCCUUGAUUUUUGACACUUGUUAAUGUCCCUGAAUGUUUUGCUUUCGUACCAUUUAUUUGUCUGUUUCACAUAUUUCAAAUCAACUUCAGGUUGUUUUAGUUUUUUAAUUAACAUCUUUAAAGGUGCAAAUAGUUUCAAUCAGAACGAAAGCUGAUGAAGCGACUCGAGUGAAGAUACCAAACAUUCCCACGUUCGGCGUCUCAGUCGGGACAAAUUGCUGCUUUUCUUUCUUAUCGGACAGUAAACUGAAUUUUUGGAUCGUAUCCUGGGAAGUCGAGUUUAAGUGAAUUGUGAAGAGCGUUUUUUAAUUGAGAGAAUAAUCCAUAAUGAAAAGUUUGAAGAAGUCAUUAAACUGAGAUGAAUGUAUUAGUUUCCGGACUGGAGUUGAAUAUUUAUUUAAAAUAUGUUUUAAUGUUUGUUUUUCAACCUGUUCGACGAGUAAAUUUACAAAGUUGGAGGAAGUCACGCUAAUGAAUUAGAAGAAAAUUUGAAAAUAGAAGCUGGUUUUAAUGACCUCUGUGAGACGUUCACUGUCUUUAUCCCGAGUGUGACCAACCUACAUGUAACCCUGAAUGCUUGUUCUCUGAGGCCUGUGCAGAGUCCUGCUCAAUGUUCAGGCUGCUGCUGGUGACGUGUGACGAGGUCGUUGUCUGUCUGUUGCCACCAAUGAGCUGAAGUGUUGCUGAGGGACGUUGUUCAGGCUGGAAUGAUGAUGUAAUGGACUGACUUGUAUUUGCACUGGAACACUGAUUUGAGUAAAAUCAUAGUAAACAAUCCAA